AUGUCUAAUAUUCAGCGUAGUAACGGUCGCCCAGAGCCCGAAGUCAUAGUCAAUUUUGCAGAUGGCUUCGCGUACUCCAAAGGCAAGAUGGAGGAGGCAAUCCGGACUGGCUUCUUAGAAAAACCCGCACCCAAGACUGCCAAGGAAUCUGCCACGUCCGUGAAACGGGAACACGUCGAUUUGCUUAUAGAGGAACUGGAGAUACCACGAGCUCAGGCUGAGAAGCUCAUUAUACAGCAUAACCUUGAUAUCACUAAGGCUAUCGAAGCGUGGAUCACACCAUAA